AAUUAACAGCCACCAAAGAAUCACUUAACCUCGAUAUUAGCUCUAUCUAUCUCCGUCAUUUUCUUUUUCGUGUCAAGAUUUCGGAUAACAGAAAUGGAAAGUCUAUUAGAGCUUAACAGAUUACCAGAAGACUGUGUUUCUACAAUUCUUUCCUUCACAUCACCAAUAGAUGUAUGCAGAUCAUCUCUGGUCUCUUCUUCAUUUCAAUUAGUUGCAGAUUCUGAUAGUGUCUGGGAAAAUCUUUUGCCAUCUGAUUACAAAGACAUUGUUUCAAGCUCCAUUGUUCCUCUAAAAUUUUCCUCAAAGAAAGACCUUUUUCUUUGUCUCUGCAACCCCAUUUUUAUAGAUGAUGGUAGAAAGAGCUUCAAAUUAGAGAAAUCAUCUGGCAAGAAGUCUUAUAUGUUAUCUGCAAGGGAUCUUUCUAUAACAUGGAGUGAUGAACCAAUGUAUUGGAAUUGGGUUUCUUCACCUGAAUCAAGGUUUUCCGAGGUGGCUGUACUUAGAACAAUAUGUUGGCUAGAAAUACAAGGCAAGAUUACGACCAAAAUGCUAUCACCAAAUACUACAUAUAUAGCAUAUCUCGUGCUGAAAAUCUCUGAUCGUGCUUACGGGCUUGAUUUAAUACCAUCUGAAGUGUCAGUUGAAGUUGGGAAUCAGAAAUCAAGGAAUACUGUGUAUUUACGCCGCAGUCAAGAUAGCAAGAAGCAGCAACUGGAGAGACUGUUCUUUGCAAAUCGUGUGCAGAUGCUACGGUCACGAGUAACAGAAGAGGAUAGUAGAGUUCCAAGUGAAAGACAAGACGGGUGGAUGGAGAUUGAGCUUGGAGAGUUUUUUAAUGGUCAGAAUGAAGAGGAAGUAGUGAUAAUGAGCUUUAAAGAAGUGAAAGGUCAACAUUUAAAAGGAGGACUUACUGUUGAAGGCAUUGAAGUUAGGCCUAAACAGAAAAUAAUUGGCAUCAAUACUUUCUAAAAAGAGAAAGAUAGAGAGGGAAAAAGAAAGAAAGAUAUAGAGAUGGAAGGAUCAUAGCAAAAGCUAUAUUCUUUUGUCACUUCAUGUAAUGAUUUUUAGAUUCUUUCUUCGUAGAUAAAAUGUAAAGAUUUUGUCAAGUAAUCGAAUAAAAACCUUAUCUUUCAAGGUUC